AUGGAUCAGGAAAGUAAUGAUCAGGACCCGGGAGAUGCUGACAAAGCAGCAGGUGCAGAGGCUAAUUCGAACGAGUCUUCUUCAAAGGAUGAUGAACUUGCUAUUGCUGGCGUAUCUACACAUGAUCUAGCUGAGCUUGAAAAAAAUGUUAUCGAAGACAUUCUUGGGGAAGGUGCGGAUGCGUCAGGCUUCGAUCUGUUCAGAGGCCCGGAAACUUCUGACAAUAGCCGUUUUACUCCGAGUCCAUCAACCUCUGCGGACCAGUCCGGUCUCUGUAGCAGAGCUAGUGAUGAAGACUAUAUCCCUGGUGAAGGUGAUACUAUCAGUGAAGCAAGCUCAUCGGGAGUUGAAGAAGUUGAAGAAAGCACUGAAGAAAGCAACGAUGCUCCCAAAGCGAAGCGCCGUCGACUUCCGAAACCUAAGAAGUUACUGAAACUAUGUGUUGAUGACAGUAACGACAAGGAUUUCGAGGAGCGAUUGAGUAAUACCGUUGCAACCGAGGGCAAUGAAGAAUCUGAUUUCAAAGAGCUGACUGACACUAUCAAACUCCAUAGACAAGUUUGGGAUCGUUUAUAUAAAUACCAGAAAAAAGGUGUAGUAUGGCUAUGCGGUUUGCAUGAGCAGUACGUUGGAGGUAUAUUAGCUGAUGAAAUGGGUCUCGGAAAAACCAUACAGGUAUAA